GGUCCGGUUUUUUGAAAUACUGAUAUACAGAGAGACCUUGAUAAACCCUAAUAAUCUUGUAUCCGUCGUCGCAUUCUAUUUCGAUUUUGAUAGAGGUUAAAAAACCAAAGUCUUUCUCAGAAGAAAAGCCCUUCAUUCAUCAGAGAAGAGUAAGCAACCAUGGCGAAUUUGGAUAUGGAGCAGCAUUCACCCGAAAAGGAAGAGAUGAAGACGAAGACGAAGACGAAGAAGAAAAGAUCCAGAGACAAAGACAAAGCGAAGAUACUAAAGCAGCUAGCGAAGACGGAGGUUAAAGAGCCAAAAGCAAUAACAGAUGAAGAACCCAAGAAGAAAAAGAAGAAGAAACUAAAGCAGGUUGCGAUGGAGGAUGAAGAGACCAAAGCAAUUAACGAUGAAGAACCAAAGAAGAAGAAGAAGAAGAAAGCGAAGCAGCUCGAAGAAGAAGAAGAAGAAGACAAAGUGGAGGAAAGUGGUGGAAACGGUAUAAUGACCAACGAAACGUUUGAGUCAUUGGGGCUAUCUGAUAACACUCAUAAAUCCAUCAAAGAGAUGGGAUUCGCACGCAUGACUCAGAUUCAAGCUAAAGCGAUUCCGCCGUUGAUGAUGGGGAAAGAUGUACUCGGAGCUGCCAGAACCGGUUCCGGAAAGACCUUAGCUUUUCUUAUACCUGCUGUAGAGCUUCUUUACCAUGUCCGGUUUACUCCUCGCAAUGGAACCGGUGUUAUUGUGAUUUGUCCAACAAGAGAGCUUGCCAUUCAGUCAUAUUUAGUGGCGAAGGAGCUUCUUAAGUUCCAUUCUCAGACCGUGGGAAAGGUUAUUGGUGGUGAGCCCAGAAAGAAAGAAGUUGAAAUUCUUGUCAAAGGUGUUAAUCUGUUGGUAGCUACCCCUGGAAGACUUCUCGAUCACCUUGAGAAUACUGAUGGAUUUGUGUUCAAGAACUUGAAGUUUCUUGUGAUGGAUGAGGCUGAUAGGAUACUGGAACAGAACUUUGAAGAAGAUAUGAAGAAGAUCAUUAAGCUUCUACCAAAGGUAUUCUAUUCUCACGGCUUGCAUACUGAAGCAACUAAUGAUUCAAUAAGGACACUGUGUCUAAAUUGUCUUUUUUAUAUGCUGCAGACAAGGCAGACUUCAUUAUUUUCCGCCACACAGACUUCCAAGGUUGAGGAUCUUGCUCGUGUGUCACUUACAUCACCUGUUUAUAUUGAUGUGGACGAAGGACGAAAAGAGGUUACAAAUGAAGGCUUGGAGCAAGGUUACUGCGUUGUGCCAAGUGCGAAGCGGUUACUCUUCUUACUCACCUUCUUGAAGACGUUUCAUGGGAAGAAGAAGAUCAUGGUGUUUUUCUCCACUUGCAAAUCGACAAAGUUUCACACGGAACUCUUUCGGUACAUCAAAAUAGAUUGCCUCGCCAUCCAUGGAGGGAUGGAGCAGAGCAAAAGGACUUCGACGUUUUUCCAGUUCGUAAAGUUGGAAACUGGUGUCUUAUUGUGUACUAAUGUAGGUGCCCGUGGUCUCGACUUUCCCCAUGUGGAUUGGAUUGUGCAGUAUGAUCCUCCAGAUGAUCCUACGGAAUACAUUCAUAGAGUAGGUAGAACAGCUCGUGGAGAGGGUGCAAAAGGGAAGGCUCUGCUUGUUCUAACUCCAACGGAGUUGCAAUUUAUUCAGUAUCUCAAGGCUGCGAAGAUUCCUGUUGAAGAACAUGAAUUCGAGGAAGAGAAGUUGCUCAAUGUGCAGGCUUUUCUGGAAAAGACGAUAUCUGAAAACAGUGCAUUGAGCGUGUCAGCAAAAGAAGCAUACAAGACUUACAUAUCAGGAUAUGAUUCUCACUCUAUGAAAGAUGUCUUUAAUGCUCACCGUCUCGAUCUCAAGGAGGUUGCGGCUUCGUUCUGUUUCUCAUCACCACCGAAAGUAUUGUUGAAGAUACAUCGAGAAGGAGACGGGUACAGGAGCAAGAGAGAACCGGUUAAUAAUAAGUUUAACAGAGGUCGUGGUGGUAGACCCGGCGGUAAAACUAAGUUCGAAAGGUACUAAGUAGUGACGAGACAAGACAAGAGAGACCAGUUUUGUCCCUGAUACACUUUUGAGCAUUUGUCACUUUUUUUUUCAUUGAAACAUGUGUUUAGUUACCAUACUUCAAAUCCAGGAUCUGAAGAUCAAUUUCUUAUUAA